AUGAGCCGUAAUCGUGGAGCUAGCAGCACCAAAGCAGAAAGUGUAUUAUGUAUUCAAUGGAGGAGAAAGAAGCUUUCGUAUUUGCACAAUAAAAAACAAUAUGGUUCAUUUAAUAAAUUUCUUUUCAAAUACUCGUUUCAUAUGUUUCGACAGCAAAUAUUGGCGACAGUGAAUGAAACUUUGAAUCAACUCAAUCCUGGAAAAUCAAUACGACGAACACGAGGAUAUAAAAGUUGGGAUUAUCCAAAUAAUAUUUCACAAAGUUAUCGGUUUUUGGAUCGACGAGAUGUUUCAUUUUCAUGUGAAUUCCCUGAUGGUUCUUUUCAACAACAGACACCAUUGCAAUGA